UGAGGCUGUAAACAGAACACAGAGGAUUUUACAUCUUUCAGAGCGUCAUUACUCGUAGCCUUCGUGGUCCAUCAUGAGCGGUAUUCCCUCUGAAUCACAGCCAAGAGAGCCCCUUGAAGGAGAAAGUGGCGGGCAUUCGCUUGGUGGUGGAGGUGCGGGUUCGAAACAACUGACUUCACAAGAGUUGCGGGAGCAGCGGCUGGCCCGCUUCGGCGGAGGAAGUUCUACACCAAAGGGGCAGGCAAAGAAAAUUCUACCGAAGAGUGCACCGAGGAUGAAAGGAGUGCAUCCCGCUGACAAGAUCUCGAAGCCGCAGCCAAUCUACACUGAUUCUACUCCGAAGAACAAAAGGAGCGUAACCGGUUUCGCUAACGAAAGCUGUACGAAACCUUCGAUGACUGCUGAGGAAACAACCCCCAUCCCAUCACAAAAUCGUAUAGAACCUUUUGUYGCAAGCAAAGGCGAUAAUUACAAACGAGAAGAUGAUCAGACUGUGAAGCAUAGCAACAUUCGUAGCAAUAUAAAAGAUAACAAGACAUUGGACUCGGACAGCAUUGUGUCUUUCGACACGGACCAAUUGGCACUGCUGAUGCAGGAAGAAGAGGAUCUGCAACGUGCUAUUGCAAUGUCAAUSGGAGCUCCCAUACCUUCAUCGACUGGACCAAUGAAUUGUGGUGAUAUUGACCCGUUGCCUGUUUCGGAUGGCAUCAYAGAAGGAAAACAGUCGCAGACUACGAUCAGCAACGAUAUGUUGGCUACUGCAGCGAUGGUCGUUGCAACAGCACCAGCGACAACUACACCGAUAACACCAACAACUCCAAUGCAGAUUGAUGAAGAGAACCAUGACGUGGUGAUGAAAAAUGAGGAUAGAGAAUCGCCAAUGGUUGAAUSCAAAGCAAACGCUGAUCCUACCACGGCACCGGCUUCUCCUAGUCGGAUUUGCCUCAAGGACCCUAGACAUCUUUCUGGUAGAGUCCUCACCUGGUACAUGACCGCGGCACCCUUCAAUGUCCUCGAUUUUCACGACUGCAUGUGGGACAAGGAUGUGACCGUGGAACAUGAUCAAAAGCGGUGGUUGGCUCAGGGGAUUCAAUUCAAGCACGAGCACGGCGAUGGCAAUACAUCUUCGACCAGGGUGGCAGCGGGGACUCUCACGGCGACAAACGAGACCACGGAUACGUCCUCGUUGCUCGCAGCGAUUAUUUCUGGCCCCGGAGGUGAGUGUUAGCUAUGUUUAGACACGAAAAAUUCGGCAUGAAAAGGAUCACCAAUCUUUAUCAGUUCUUKUCUUUCUGUCAUUGUCCCUGCAUAAUUUUGCCUCACAUGACAUCCCAAUUCCCCUCUAUYGUGCUUUUGCUUUGCUCCUGUUCUAGUUUGGUGUCUGACACAGCAACAUGGUGGACCCUGUGGCGUUUUGGCGUCGAUUCAAGCGGAACUUCUAGCAAUUUUGUUGUUUGGUCCCCGAACCGUACAUCCACUUUCGAUGAUAAGCAUUGAUUUUCCAACGAGUUUAUCGACAGAAUUCACUAUGGCUGCACCAGAUAUGUCACGGUCGAAAAUGAGGCAAGUCCUGGCGUUAAGCAUGGGAAUGAUACUGGCAAGAGCCAGCCUGAAACCCUCGGCAGCCUUGGAAGACGAUACCAACCGCGAAAAUCGAAACAACGAAAAUGUCGAUGCCAAAGAAAACGACAGCCAUCCAAUGUGCCUUUCGCGUCCAGAACCAACUGUGACCUUAAUCCUACCUAAAAACGAGUUAUGGAAAACCACGAGUCAUUUGGAAUGGGAACAUUUAGAACCGUGGAAUGACAAAGAGGGAGGCGGGGGUMUGUCAGAGCACUUGCUAAAAUACACAAUAUCUCUGAACAAGAACCCUUCCACAGGGGAAAUCGACAAAACUGCGGUAAAACGGCAAAAGCACAACUCUGAUAUUGAUAUGGACGAAACUUGUAGAGAGCUGGCUCACGCGACAGCUGAGUUCCUGUUAGAAACGAACAGUCUGGAUUGGUUCCAAAGAUCUGGUGGGGUAUUAUUAAUGGUUAUGAGUCUUGCUGCCAGUAGAGGUAUUCCCAUGUUGCAGGGYGAUAUGGACGAUGUUACACGAAAAUUAACAACCAGGUUCGGAUAUUGYUCACAAGAGCUGAUAAAUCUUUUGCUUGCGGGACAGGGAGGUACGUUCUGGCACGCUUGAUAUGAUCACAAUAGGGAUUCAUGGACUCAUAUCACUAUACUCUAUUGAAGCGCGACACGUGAAAAUGGUUGAGAAAAWUGCGUUGUGCRCUCAUCCUUUUUUCAACAUCGUUCCAAUAUGUCUUCGCUCCAUUUAAAAAAAAGUCUCCAACGUUUUCGAUCACACGCAACGACUAUCAGAAGAAAUGGUUUUUCGUGGAAUCCAGUCCCAACCAUCGAUUGGAUACCUGACGCAAGUCGAAGCGACUGGACAUUUGGAAGUAGGCGGGUUUUACAAGACUCCUCGUUUUCCAGUUUGGGUCAUCGGGAGCACGAGUCAUUUUUCAGUAAUGUUUGGGGAUGGGAGUGCACUAAAAGAGUCCACUUCGGAUGUACUGCUUGAUAAAGUUAGACGUGCCUUCAAAAGAAUGGGAGGCGGUGCCGCUGAAAAUGGGGUGAUGCAGAGCAACCAACUAGGGGAGUUCUUCAAGAAUGUUGGUUUGAAUAAUAUAUCUGAUAAUGAGGUGCAGAUGCUCGCAGCGUUCAUGGAUAGGUUUGGCCAAGGAAUAAUACUCUGGGAUGAUUUAUGGAAGAGAACUAGCCGACUACUUACUGGUGCAAGUAUCGGAUCGAUAUUGGACGGAACAGACGAUACACACGAUUGCAACAGAAGUAGCAGCAACGCUUCGGCAGUGACGGGUGAUAGUAAUGCAGCCACAAUUCAUGUGCCCACACGUGAUCGCCCUCUAUCAGAUGAAGAGUUAGCACGAAAAUUACAGGCGGAAUGGAAUGGUACAAGUAUAGAAAAUGUUGCUUCCCCAUUCCCAAAACCCAGUGUUACAAAAGGAAAAAAUGAUAUACCUGUGGCUCGCGAAAAGUUUGGACGCACCUUUCAACUAUAUCACUAUAAUGGUUUAAGAGGUGGYUACUUUAAGCCCUUUCGGGUAACAAGGCUGAGUGCAGACGAAGCUAUCGGAGCAAGCAUUUCUUUGGGUGGUUCUAAUCAGAUGUCAUUUGGUGCUGGAGGGUUUGAAGAAGGGUUAGACUCUGUGCUACGUACGAAAUGGCCAGAUUGUAAGAUAAAUUGGCUUGGKGGAUCUCCCCCAAGCAUACAUUGAUUUCCUUCCCUGCCUUGCGACUAGCAGAUUCAUUCAACCGAAAAAAAAGGAAGAAAAUAUUUAAAAUCUGAAAAAUAUUUCUAUGGGAGGUCGAGGCGGCGACGGGAAAAAAUUGAGUCAGAACUUCAGUUGGCAACAUGCAACGGGAAAAGAAGUAAAUUUUUGUUUUUUUGAACGACCCAAUGGGUGAUUCCUGUUAAUCUAGAURAUCUAAAAACUAGAUACUAUACUUUUGAUYGCUCAGAUUUUUGUUGAAAGGAAGGAAUCAUUAAAAAGUGGGAGGUUCUUUUUUGGCACUCAGCCAUCACCAGCAGUAAGGGUUGGUGGAACAAUCUUAAUUAAACAACCAAUGGAAA